CUUCGCUUUAUUAUAGAUAGAUCGAGACAACCCCGCUGCCUCCUCCCAAGUCCUCCCACCAAACCAUCGAAAGCUAGGGUUUGAAUUUGCGGAGAAAUCCCGUUUGUAAUUGCUACAAGCAUCGAGAUUUCCCGGCGCGAAGGUUCAGGUCCGCCGAUGGCCGGUGAGGAGGGUUGGCUCAAGAGGUCCACCACCAAAAGCGUGGAGGUGGCGGAGGUGAGCGGACUGCAAGGUCCGUUGAAGAGGUGCUCCACCAAGAGGAAGGCGAAGAAGGAGGCGGAGGCUGGUCAGAUGCUGCGUCCGCUGAAGGAGUGCUCAACCAGGAGGAAGGCGAAGAAGGAGGAGGCGUCGACCACCGUCGCAGAGGCAGAGAAGGGGACGGGGGCAAAAUAUCGGUUGUCGGCGAAGGAGAUACGGGAGGUCCUGGCCCGGAAGCCGAUUACCGUCCCGCCCCGCUACGUGGCCCUGAAGCAGAGCAACCCGGACCUGACGCCGCGGUCGGGGGAGGAGGUGGACGAGGCCAAGAGGAGGCUCUACAUCCUGGCCAAGGCGUUCUACAGCAUGCAGGAGCGGCUGCCUAAGCUCCAGGAAUGGGUGCGCCGGGAGCUGGAGAUCAACGGACACGUCGAUAUGGAUGACGAGUGGGUCAAGCGCAAGGCCGAGACACAGGCGGUGAUUGACAGAGAAUGGCCCAAAAUCCAGGCCAAAAUCGAAGCCAUCAUCCUCUCGGAGACCGAGUGUGAAGACAGUGACAACUCUGAUGAGGAAGAAGACGAGGAGGUGUUCUGGAAUCAAUAAAAAAUGAGGAUUAUAUUUAAUUAACCGCACAUCUAUCUCUCUAGUAUCUAUGUAUGUAUCCUUGCUGUAAGUUGGGCCUAGUUAAUUGUGAUCCAUGAUGCUUGUUCUAAGUUAAGCGCCGAUGAACGCCAUAAUUUACUAAGUUAGAACUCUUAUGUGCUAUUACAAUAUGAUUAUAUUGUGUUGCAAUGUUUAUGCCUAGAACUGGCUAUGCUACAUGCCAUGAGCUUGCAGGAGCCAAGUUGUUGAAAAAUUGCUUUAGUUUGGUUGGCCCUGUGACUGCAAUUUGGUGGGUCCAAUGGUUCAUACCCCACCAGAUUUAGUCUCAACACUGAAAUGCUUUGGUUUGGUUUAUUCAUCAUAUUUUGGUUUAUUUCUAUUUUGUCUGCAUGGUGUGAUACUUGGCACUGCCUGAGCAUGCCCCUGUUUCUCCAAUUUCAGUUGUUGCAGCUGAUUUGUGCAUUUGAACUGUAUGCUAUUGGUUCAUUGCUUGAGGUUGUCAAAGCUUUCGCAGGCAUACACCGAGAUGAUAGCAGAGAGAAGAAGAAAGGUAGCCAGUGGCGCUGAAGAUACCUACGGAAUGGAGAAAAUCCAGUGAGGAAUUUCCAGCAGUUCUGCUCCAGACCUGUCCUGUUGCAGGCCCUAGCACAUAGCACCAUUGAUCUGUAGAUCGUAUUUGCCAGAAAUUGCAACAACAUCAUGGCAUCAUGCUGUUGUUGGUUUGUUGAUUUUGCAUGCCCAGAAAAAUAAACAGAGUGGCUAAUUGCUUCUUUCUGAAACAUGUGUUGGUGCUUAUGUAUGACAUCUCCUGUCACCUCAGGAUUGCUGGGGUAACCGAUAUACCGAAAUCUGAACACGUUUGUUUA